AGGUUGAGGCAGCCUCCCUCCUCCUUGGCAGCCCCGCUCGCUGGCUGGCUGGCUGGCUGGCUGGCUGGCGCUGCCUCCUGCCCAUUCAUCAGCCGCCGGGCCCCCCUGGCGGCUCCUCUUGAUUCAGAUCCACCCGAGGCAGCGCCGGGGCACAGGCGAAAGGGUGGUCGCGCUCAGCAACUCCAGAUGUGCCAGCUGCAAAGCCCGGCCGCUCCAGCCCGCGCCGCCUCCUGCCCAGGCAGCACCUGAGGACGCCCGGAGCGCCCCCCCGCCCCCCCCCCCAGCCACCGCCUUUUUACAGACGUCCCCGCAGGAAUCAAGGCUCCAGGACCGCAGAGAGAAGCCAGCGGGCAGGACAGCUGCUGGGGAGAAAAGGUGGUGGCCCCCAGGUGUGCGGCAGGAGCAUCUGGCAACAACUUCCCUUCCCAACAGAGGGACGCCUCGGGCACUUUUGACUCCCUUCGGAGACCAGCCGUUCUUUUGAGAGCCCGGCCGCUUAAAACGAAACUCCAAUAACCGAACGGAAGGAAAAGAGCCAGUUUGAGGGCCGAGGGAGGGCUUGAGGUGGGGAGAAGGCCACAGCCAUGGAGGUAGCCACGGACCAGCCCCGCUGGAUGGCCCACCACGCCGUGCUGAACGGGCAACACCCGGACACUCACCACCCGGGCCUGGCUCACAACUACAUGGAACCGGCGCAGCUCCUACCUCCGGACGAAGUGGACGUCUUCUUCAACCACUUGGACUCGCAGGGCAACCCCUACUACGCCAACCCGGCCCACGCCCGGGCCAGGGUCUCUUACAGCCAGGCGCACGCCCGCCUGACGGGGAGCCAGAUGUGCCGGCCCCACUUGCUGCACAGCCCCGGCCUGCCCUGGCUGGACAGCGGCAAAGCGGCCCUCUCGGCGGCCCACCACCACAACCCGUGGACGGUGAACCCCUUCACCAAGGGGCCCCUGCACCCGUCGGCGGCCGGCGCGCCCCCCGGCGCCCUCUCGGUCUACCCCGGCGGCGGCAGCUCGGCCUCCAGCGCCGCCUCGGCCUCGUCGCUCACGCCGGCCUCGCACUCGGGCGCCCACCUCUUCGGCUUCCCGCCCACGCCGCCCAAGGAGGUCUCGCCCGACCCCGGCGCCGCCCAAGGGGGCAGCAGCAGCAGCAGCGCCGCCUCGCCCGCCCGCCACGACGACAAGGAGCCGCAGCUCAAGUACCCUCCGGUGUGCCUGGCCGACGGCAUGAAGAUGGAGAGCGCCAGCCCGCUGCGCACCAGCCUCGCCGCCUCCAUGGGCGCCCAGCCCGCCACCCACCACCCCAUCCCCACCUACCCUUCCUACGUGCCCGCCGCCCACGACUACGGCGGCAGCCUCUUCCACCCGGGCGGCUUCCUCGGCGGGCCCGCCUCCAGCUUCACCCCCAAGCAAAGGAGCAAGGCCCGGUCCUGCUCAGAAAGAAAUCCGGUUUCUUCGUGUUUCCAUUUAGAAGGCAGAGAGUGUGUCAACUGUGGAGCUACUGCCACCCCUCUCUGGAGAAGAGACGGCACUGGGCAUUACCUGUGUAACGCCUGCGGGCUCUACCACAAAAUGAACGGUCAAAAUCGACCUCUCAUUAAACCUAAACGGAGAUUGUCAGCAGCUAGGAGAGCAGGAACCUGUUGUGCCAACUGCCAGACAACCACCACCACCUUAUGGCGACGUAAUGCAAAUGGGGACCCAGUCUGUAAUGCCUGUGGACUUUACUAUAAAUUGCACAAUGUGAACAGGCCUUUGACCAUGAAGAAGGAAGGAAUUCAGACCAGAAAUAGGAAAAUGUCCAACAAGUCCAAGAAAUGCAAGAAAGGCUCUGAGUGUUUUGAAGAACUUUCUAAGUGCAUGCAAGAGAAGUCUUCUCCUUUCAGCGCAGCUGCCCUUGCCAGUCACAUGACACCCAUGGGGCACUUGCCACCUUUCAGCCAUUCUGGACACAUCCUACCAACACCUACCCCCAUUCACCCAUCUUCCAGCAUCUCAUUUGGACACCCACAUCCAUCCAGCAUGGUCACAGCCAUGGGAUAGAAUCUGAAGACCCAAGGACAUGAACAAAAGACCUAAAAACACUGGGCUUUGCCUAAGAUGACACCAAGGAAAGAUUUUGCCCAGAAGAGAGAAUGUAGGAAAGGAAGGGAAAAAAGGGGAUCUCAUUCCAGUGUGGUUCAACUCUGUGCUGGACCUUGCAAUGAUGAGUCUUCUGCAGAAAUGCUUAAUGGUGCCUGUUAUGCACUUUGCCCCCUCAGGUAAAAGGAGAAAGAGGAACUCACCUGUUUGAUAGGAUACCUGCUGGUCCCAGCAGAAAGCAAAGGUGGCUGAAGCGGUAGAAGAAGCUGGAGCCAGCUUUCCUUUCUCUUUGUUAAUUACUGUGAAUAUUGUAAAGAGAUUAGUGGCCUCCCAAGGCAGAGGAAGCUGAGUGGUAGCCACCCAUGCUGGAUUUCUAUCACGGACUUUGUUUUGGGGGAAGAAAAAUGGACAACUUUAUAAAAAUCUACUUUUUAAGAAAACAAAUCAGACACAGAAAAAUCAUUAUUUAUUUUGCUCAUAUUCCAGAAGGAGCUUCAAAACCCUUGCAUGUAUUUGUGGAUCUUUUUUUUUUCAAAGAACCAUCCACCCUAGUAGGAAAAAGAGUUGUUUUUGAUUGCUUAAUGGCCAUUCUUUUGAUUUUCUUUCUUGCUCUUAGAUUAAAAAAAAAUACUACUAGGAAGUGGAUGUGUGUGAGAGAGGGAAACUUGUAGCUAUCAUAGGUUACAGUAGCCUGAAAGUGCGGCUUAUUUUUAGAUAUAAUUUCUGCAAUUUUCCUCAAUGUGAAGAUCUUUUUUAAAAGCACGGCUUCCUGCAAGAAGACAUAUACACUGGACACAUGGCUUAAAGGUUUUCCACAUGGAACAAUCCUGCAUUGGCUGGACGAUAACAUACAGGAAGUCAGCCUGUCUUCCCCAUCAGGCUUCUCUGAGCUUUAGGGAGCAACAACAGAUGCCUCACACACCAGGCAGCCUUGCCCUAGUCCCCUCCUUGUUCAGUCUGAGUGUUUCGCUGUGCUAACAUCUGAUAAGAAAACAGUUCUGUCCCAAAGCCUGCAUACAUCUGGCCAAAGAGAUGUCACUACUUCAGAUGAUCCCCACUUGGCUCUUUGUCCAUUACAUUCCUUGAGUUCACACCCCCAAACUGUGCAGCCUUCGCUUACUCGGCCUCUGUGUGCUAUUCUCCACAGCCACCUGUUUAGUGCAGGGAUGCCCCCUCUUCCUCCCAUCAGGUAGAAUCAUGAGAAGAAACUUUUCUGCAGCCCCAGUGGCUGUUCUGAAUAUCUCCAUCUUGUACUAGGCCUCAGGAAUUUCCAGUUCCCACUCCCUUUGGAAUUUCAACCCCCACCCCACAUGUUGCUGCUGUUAUUUCAGUAGGUCUUGUGUGGAAUGCCUGUUUCAUAUAAAUACAAGCAGAAAAAUAGCAUGCUUCCUCCUACUAACUCAUACCAUUGGUCAGUCUAGCCCAGCAAUGUCUGCUUUGAAUGGAUGGAGCAUUAGUUCUCAGGCAAGAUCCCCCCACCCGACCCGUCCCGUCAACAGGAGGUGCCAAGUAUCGAACCUGAGGUCUUCUACUUAUAAAGCAUGUAUGCUGCUGUAGAGCAGCAAACUUCCUGCUCUGGUAGAUUGCCCUCUUGGGCCUUACACACAGCACAUCCCAAUUCAGGGCAGGGAAAAGUAAGCUUUAACAUGGCAAGUACUGGUCAUGUUCUUUUGAUUUAUUCCAUCAGCACAGGUUGACCAGGAUACAAGACAUCAGCACAGGUUGACCAGGAUACAAGCACAGGUUGACCAGGAUACAAGCAGAUUUAAGCUAAUCUGCUUAAAAUUUUUAAUAUUGUGUCCAAGCAUAGUUUGAGUUUGCUGUUUACAAAACAUUCAAGUCACUAUAGAUUUCCCAUUUGGAGAUAGAAAGAUCCACCAGACAGCAAGGUGGAGAGACACCCAGAAAGAAUCCUUUUCUGAUUUUUACACUAGUUCAAAUGUAGCAACAGAUGCUGAACAAGGGAAGAUAUUCUGGUAAAGGGGAGAACGGGGUAUGCCAACAGUUUGCUGUAGUACAUCUUUUUUUAUUUUUAUGAAAGAACAAUGUUGGGAAAAGUUGUCUCCCAUUUUGAAACCACAUUGUAUGUAAACAACUGAAAAAUAAAGCUCUUGCCAGUGUGAAGUGUAUUCUCUUAAUUGUGAUGAUCUGAUGACUCUCAAGAUCACAAGGUCCAGUAUAUGAUGUACAUAUUUAGCUAUAUUUCUGAUGAAAAACGCCCCUGUGAGCAGAGGGGUUUGAUGAUGUAAACUGCAUAAGCUUUGCUCUGUGACAAGCUUUUUAUUGUUUUUAAAAAAUUUUAACUAAGCCAAUUGUAUCUUAACUGCAAAAGUCUGCUUAAAACAAAAAGGUGUACGUUGUCCCCCCCCCCAUAUGUAAUUCAGCUAUUUGAUAAAGAAAAAAGGACCAACCAUCCAAAGCAAAUCUGCUUUCCUUUUUUGUUCUAGUAUGUGUAGGCACAUAUAGCUGCACUUUGUAAAGAAGUAGAAAUAAACAUAGAAAAAAAGAGGGAAAAUUCUACUUGAGAAUAAUCACAUUUGCAAUUGACCAAGAUGGAAAUUAACAAUCCCCCCCUUGAGUUUGUGUGUUUUGGGGGGGCUUUUAAAGUAUGGUACAAUUAAACAUGAUUUUGUAAACCAUUCAAAUUCCUUUAGGAUUGGAACUGUUUGGGUGGCUGGAUGUGAGGACGAAGGAGGUUACUGAUAAUAGGGAGCAAUCUAACCAGCGCUGCUGCUGCUACUGUACAGUUGCUGUUGACUUCUGGGGGUGAGAGCUCUGGCCAAGCCCCACUGAAAUUAAUGGCGGCUGCACAGCAGGCGAGCUUGCUGGAUGGGAUCCACAGUCGACAAAGUGCAAUAUAUUGUCAGUCACUGCAGCGUAGAAGAACCGCAGUCAGGAUUUAAAUUAUUUUGUACUUGUAUCAGCAUAAAGAUUUGGCAGUAUUUUCUGUUUGUUUUUUUAAUUUUUCCUUAAUUUUUGGAUUAGUGAACUAAGUUAUUGUUAAUUAUGUACAACAUGUUUAUAUAUUGUCUGUAAAAAAGUGUAUGCUUCCCUCAUAUUCCUUCAAGGUGAAUACUGCUAAGAAUAAUAAAAAAUACCCUUUUUUGUGAAAAAAAAAAA